UUAGAACACCUUACGCUAACUUACAGGUUUGGAACAACCAACUUUCUACUACUUUUUUAAAUUGACACACAUCCCUUGAUGCAAAUCUUUUCCACCAAUUAACUAGCUUCGCCCAACUAAUCAUAUUCAUUGACGGCUAUAAACGUGGAGUAAAUUUCUCUCAGAUUCAGAUAACGACGACCGCAAAACAACCAAAAUCCUUCCUGUAACCUGAAACAAUCGCGCGAUAUUCCAGGACUCACGGGCGCCUGAAGUUUUCAAACGCAUUUAACAAGGCGGGACGUAUUACAGGAGCGCUCGCCCAAUAAAUUUCUGAAUUUUUUUUAAAUCUUAUAAUCGAGAAAUAAGUCCAAUAAGUCAUAUAAAAAAAUAUAAAGUCAAAAUCACCCCUUCGCCCUCCAAACUCCAGUGUAGAAUAUUUUAUAUCUCGUGUGUCUUUUUUGUGAGUCUGUGGUUCAAACAAUUUUACAAAAUGGAUCAUGUUAACAUACGCCAAAAAUCUGACAAAAUCGCCCGUAAAAAAUCAAGAAAAAAAAAUGUGUUCCCUCGUCAGUAACCACCACGGUCCUGGUAAAUACCCGACGGUGGGUUGCCCGAGUUUGCACCAAAAAUUCUUCAAUAUGCUUGAGAAGUACAACCGAAAGUGUUCUGGAUCAGAGUUCGAAGUUCGCUGUUGUCGUACCGAUAAGGUUGCAGUGGAAGCAUGCCCAGAGGUUUCCGAGGAGCACACGUUGAGAAACUUCGAAAGGUGCGGCGAUAAAUUGCGAAGGAUCGGUCGAAAGUUGGAGGUUUUUGGCGACGAAAUUGAGCUAGGUGAAGUUAACGCUAUCGUCAACCAAAUUACACACAUUCUGGAUUACAUUGACAAAAUUUUGCGAAAGUGCGAGGGGCACAGGCCGUUGAAGACUGUCUCGGUUUCGACCGAGUGCGAGGCGAUCACGCGCGCCGUUGGAACGGUAACGUCAAAUCUCGAACUGCAACCGAAGAAAUCGCGCGAUAUCAGUUCGUUGUUCGAAGUACGAAGGCACUUUCGCGCCUUGCUAACGCAGAAAAAUUGUAAACUUGAAUGAAGCUUGUAACUAAAUGAAGUUUUUUUUUCUUUUUCACUUA